AUGUCCUCUUCCGUCUCCUCUUCUAAUUCAACCACUUCUCUUGUGAUCGCUCCGAGAUUAAAAACUUACAAUAAUGAUAACGCCAUCGUAAUCAGUAAUCAAAACCAAGAGGAUAAACAACUACAGUUAUCUCCUCUAGAUGUCAUUAAUGAAGUGAAAGUGAUGGAUGUGAAUGGGAGAGUAGUGCAUUAUUCGUUAAUUCGUCGUAAAGACGUUUGGUUUUUGGAUGUGAGUAACUUGGAUGCGAUGGAUCCUGCUGCUGUAUUUCAAUAUGUCGCCUAUCGAUCACCACCACAACACGACUUGGUGUUGACUCGGGUACCUGAAUUAAGACAUUUAGUAUAUGUAAAAUAUGAUGAAGAGGGAAGACCGUAUCCAGUUAAAAUGCGAAGAGUUCUAAAAGCAAAUUACCUGAAGAAGAAACGGCCAUUGAGCAAAGUAUUACAAGAAGAAAUUAUUCAAGAAGAAAUCAUUCAAGAGGGAGUCAUGAAAGAGGGAAAAACAAUAACAACAACUGAAGAAGAACAUUAUCAACAAAUAAAUUCCGAUAAUAGUUCAGAAUCAUCAACAACACCUACGACAAAAAGCCGUUCAUUAUGGGAUACGUUUUCAAUCUCGCUAAUCAAGGCAUCAACUCAAUCCACUUCAUAA